AUGGUACAAAGAACAGUCUUGAAGGUUGAUAUUUCAUGCGAAAAAUGCAAGAAAAAGCUUCUCAAAGCUGUGUCCACACUUGAAGGCGUAGAUAAGAUUGAGGUUGAUCAAGCUAAGGGAACUUUAACAGUAACAGGAGAUGCAGACCCAUAUAAGAUCAUAGUUCGUACAAGAAAAGCAGGUAAACAUGCAGAGGUAGUGAGUAUUGGGCCACCUCCUGCACCACCGAAACAGGAUGGGCAAAAGAAGGCAGAAGAGAAAAAACCCGAAAACAAAAAGCCUGAAGAGAAGAAGACUGAACAGAAGAAGACUGAACAGAAGGCCCUAAUCCAUGAUCCACACAAUUGUCCUCAGUGUCAGCAAAUGCUUCUCAUGCCCAUGCAAACGCCAAUGCAAGUGUACCGAAUUAAUAUCUCCUUCCGCUCUGUCUCGCUCUCUCUCUCUCUCUCUUACUCCAACAUUUCUGAGUCUUUGACCCUCCAAAAAAUGGCCCAUCUCUGCAAAAAUCCUCAAGUUUUCUGUAUUGGCACGGCUGAUACCAAGCACGACGAGCUCCUAUUCCUUUCUGAUUCAGUCAGAUCCUAUCUUACCUCCUUCUCCACCAACUCGUCUUCUAAGGUACAGGUGGUGGUUGUUGAUGUUUCGGUUGGUAGUAAAGAGAUUGAAAGUGUUGGAGAUUUUGAAUUUGUGUCCAGAAAGGAUCUUCUUGCUGGCUAUCUUGGUCCAGCUGAACAAACACAAUAUAUGCUUCCAGAUGAUAGAGGCCAAUCUGUUUCCGUAAUGAGUAGAGCUCUUAAAAAUUUCUUACAAAAAGCUCAAGAUGACGGUGCUCUUGCUGGAGCUGUUGGCCUUGGGGGCAGCGGGGGCACAUCUUUAAUAUCAUCUGCUUUCAGGUCACUUCCUAUUGGAUUGCCGAAAGUCAUCGUAUCUACUGUUGCUAGUGGUCAAACUGAACCUUACAUUGGAUCAUCGGAUUUGAUACUCUUUCCUUCUGUAGUCGAUGUCUGUGGGAUUAAUAGUGUUAGUAGGGCUGUGUUAUCGAAUGCUGGUGCGGCUUUUGGUGGAAUGGUGAUUGGAAGGCUUGGGAGAUCUAAUGGUUUUUAUAGUGAUAAUAAGUUAACUGUUGGUUUAACCAUGUUUGGAGUUACAACUCCGUGUGUGAAUGCUGUGAAGGAAAGAUUGGUGAAAGAAGGUUAUGAGACCCUGGUAUUCCAUGCCACCGGGACUGGGGGCAAGGCCAUGGAAUCACUUGUUAGAGAGGGAUUUAUACAGGGUGUUUUAGACAUUACUACCACAGAGGUUGCAGAUUAUAUAGUUGGAGGUGUUAUGGCUUGUGACAGUUCCCGCUUUGAUGCGAUCAUAGAGAAGAAGAUUCCUUUAGUGUUGAGUUUAGGAGCCUUGGACAUGGUGAACUUUGGUGCUAAGAAUACCAUACCUUCUGAUUUUCAGCAAAGAAAGAUUCACGUCCACAAUGAACAGGUCUCACUCAUGCGAACCACAGUGGACGAGAAUAAGAAAUUUGCUAGUUUUAUAGCAGAUAAGCUCAACAAAUCAUCAUCAAAGGUCCAUGUAUGCCUGCCACAAAAGGGAAUCUCAGCUUUGGAUUCCCCUGACAAGCCAUUUCAUGAUCCUGAGGCUACUGAUACUCUACUAAAUGAACUACAGAAGCUUAUACAAACAACAGAAGAUCGGCAGGUAAAGGUGUAUCCUUGCCAUAUCAAUGACCCUGAGUUUGCAGAUGCAUUGGUUGACACAUUUUUAGAGAUUAGUUUGGGUAAACCUAAGGAUUCCACUCAUCUCAAAAAUCCUGUUUCUGAACCCAGUCUAGACGUUCAGGAUGUUUCCAAUCUGAAUUCAUCAAGCCAUGAGACUAUUUAUUACAGCCCAAGCAACUAUCCAGAUGCAAGACCAGAGACUUUGCAAAAAACUUGGGCAAUAUUGCAGCAUCUCAAAGAUCAAAUAGAUAAAGGAUUGCCCAUAAUUGGAGCUGGUGCAGGGACUGGCAUAUCAGCAAAGUUUGAAGAAGCUGGUGGUGUUGAUUUAAUAGUGUUGUACAACUCAGGGCGCUUUCGCAUGGCAGGAAGGGGUUCUUUAGCUGGUUUACUGCCUUUUGCUGAUGCAAAUGCUAUAGUAGUUGACAUGGCCAAUGAAGUCUUGCCGGUUGUCAAGGAGGUACCAGUUCUUGCUGGAGUGUGUGGAACUGAUCCUUUUCGCCGAAUGGAUUACUUCUUAAAGCAGGUGGAAUCAAUUGGGUUCUGUGGGGUGCAAAAUUUUCCAACUGUUGGGCUUUUUGAUGGUAAUUUUAGACAAAAUCUUGAAGAGACCGGAAUGGGAUAUGGAUUGGAGGUUCAGAUGAUUGAAAAGGCACAUAAGAUGGGUCUCUUGACAACCCCAUAUGCUUUUAAUGAAAGUGAAGCCAGGGAAAUGGCAAAAGUUGGUGCCGAUAUCAUUGUUGCCCAUAUGGGGCUUACUACAUCUGGGUCUAUUGGUGCAAAAACAGCUGUCUCAUUAGACGAAAGUGUAUUUUGUGUGCAAGCUAUUGCAGACGCUGCACAUAACAUCAACCCCAAUAUCAUUGUCCUGUGUCAUGGAGGCCCCAUAUCCGGACCCAGAGAAGCAGAAUUUAUAUUGAAGAAAACCAAGGGAGUUCAUGGAUUCUAUGGUGCAUCAAGCAUGGAGAGACUGCCUGUUGAACAAGCCAUUACAAGCACAAUGAAACAGUACAAAUCAAUUUCCAUCAAAUGA